UCUCUAUAUCAAAUGCAAUAACCUCCAUCUAUCACGUGCCUUUAUUGUUAGUUUAGUUUUAUAUUUUUAAAUAGAGUCCAUAGGCCUAGUAUUUGUUGCAUUAGGUAUAUUUUUUGCUAAAUUGAAGAUUGUUCAAGAAAGAAAUUACCUAAUCAAUAUAAAAUUAGGUAAGCCUACCAAUGCACCAUAAAAAUUCCAAUAAGUAUAGAAUUCUCUUCUCAAAUUUAUUAAUUUACCACCAACUUGAGAAGAAGGUCAAUUUUAAGACAAUGAAAGUGGCUGUAAUAGGAGCUGGUGUAGCAGGACUGUGCGCUGCCCGCCAUCUUUCCAAGGAGAACAUUUCAUUCUUGGUUUACGAACAGAAUGAAAAUAUUGGUGGAACUUGGGUGUACUCUGACAACACAACUGAGGACGAAUAUGGCUUGCCGAUACAUUCUUCAAUGUACAAAAAUCUACGCACUAACCUGCCCAAGGAAAUUAUGCAGUUUAUUGGUCAUGAAUAUCAUUGUGAGAAAUCAUUCAUCACCUGGACUGAUGUUUUGACAUACUUGCAAAGUUAUGCUGAUCGUUAUGAUCUUCAUAAAUAUAUUAAAUUUCGGCAUCAAGUCACUCAGGUUUCGCCACUCAACAAUACUUGGUCAUUGGAGGUGAAGAACUUGAAGUCUGGCGUUAUAGAGAAAACUCAUUUUGAUGCAAUUAUGGUUUGCAAUGGGAGUUACAGCACCCCACGUUACCCUGCAAUACCUGGAAUGGAUGAUUUCCAAAAUACUCAGAUGCACAGUCAUCAGUAUCGAACAAAUGAAUCAUUCAAAAAUAAGAAGGUAGUCAUUGUGGGCUCAGGACCUUCUGGAAUAGACAUAGCAAUUGACAUUGCUUCGGUUGCCCAAGAGGUUUAUUUGAGCCAUCAUCAAAAAGAAUUGUUGAAUUCGAAAUUUCCUGAAAAUGUGAAGCAUAAAACUGAUAUCGCGUUGAUAAAAAAGGACAGUGUUGAAUUUCAAGACGGAUCUGUCGAGAGAGUGGAUGUGAUAUUAUACUGUACAGGUUACAUUUACCAUUUUCCAUUUUUGUCUAAUGAUUGUGGAAUCACAGUUGACGAUAAUUAUGUGCAGCCUCUUUACAAGCACCUUUUCAAUAUAAAUCAUCCUACUAUGUGCUUCAUUGGUAUUCCUUGGAAGACAUUGAUUUUUCUUCUUUUUGAGCUUCAGGUACUCUCAUUCAUCAGCGUCAUAAAAGGCAAAACGAAAUUACUGAGCAAAAGCGAAAUGUUUGAUGAUCUAAGAAAUGACAUAGAAAUUCGUAAAUCUAAUGGAGAAGCCACUCGUUAUUACCAUAGAAUGGGUACAACCAACAUGAGAAGCUACAUAGGAAAUUUGACAUGUAUCUUCAAGAUUGAUCCACUUCCAGAAGUUAUUUUCAAAAUAUAUGAUAAAACAACUGAACGACGGAAAGAGAGUCUACUGUAUUACAGAGAGGACUUCUACAAAAUAAUCGAUGAUUAUAAUUUUUCGUUUUAUAAUAAUCAAUCUGUAAUAGGUUCAGAUGUUGAUUCGAAUUCAUGACAAAAUGGCCAAAAAAUUGAAUAAUCCUGAGUUCAGCUGCUUUAUCAAUAGUAUCCUCUAUCUUGAAAUGGAAAUGUAUAAAUAUCUACAUUUUUAUGUAAGGAUACUUAUUAGACAGUGGGCUAGAGACCAGUAAGUUUCGUAAUGGCCAAUAUUAGCAAAGAUAUCAUCAUAAUAGAUGAUGAUUCUAUUACUAUUAAUAAUUCAAGUGAUUCACAAACUUAUAAAGUGGAACUACCAAUGUAUUAAAAAGUAUGAAACUUCAAAUUUGUUAAAAAGUGAUGUGAAAAAAGCAUGUGAAAAUUUUUUCAUCAGGACAGUAUAAAGUUCUCUAGUAGUACUGACUAGUCUAGUAGGAAUUAAUUCAUAUCUAGUAGUUGUAGGCAAGCGCAAUAUUCUUAUAACUGGUCAUAACCAUGCCAACGAGGGUAUAUGUGUAUGUCUAGAUGAACUAUCUUUCAAAGUGAGACCAGCCGACACUUAAGUGUGAAACAUUUUUUCAACAGGACAGUAUAAACGAUUCAAAUUCUCUAGUAGAACUUGAAAAUGUUGACUUAAAAGUAAUGUUGACAUUUAAGUAAGUCUUUUUUUAAUUGCAAGAAGGUUAAAUUUGAGAAUGGUUCAUCAUUAAAACUAGAAUUGGUGUUUAGUAGUGAUGAUGUAGAUGAGGCGCUGGGUGGUGGGGGAGGGGGUGAAGUUUGGUGGUGAGAAGACGAAGUGAGGGGGGUAGGUAAGCAGAUAACUGUCAAACCUACUGAUGUAUUCGAAAGUGAAGAUGACCAAGAUAUUUCAAAUGCUUUUGAUUUAAUUGAGAGGGAUGUGAAAUAUAAUUAUAUUUAAAAUCAUUGUUUGGUAUCAUGCAAAUUAUGGUUUGUUAAUAAAUAGUUUAGUUUAAAAGAAAACAUUUUAUUUACUACAAAACAUUACAAAGAAUUUUUGAAACAUUACGAGGAACUGAGCACUGAAAACAGUAUUGUCUUCCACUACGACUAUGUUGACUAAACAAGUUAACAAUGAUUCUAUGCAGUUUUCACUCAUGUAACUCCUCCAUCCCUAAAGAGAACAUCAGGGAGUGGAUGAGCUGCAAGAACGGGUUGCACAUUUUUAAAUAUUUUUUUAUAAACAAUUAUGAUAAUAGUUACUGGAAGUACGAUAUACAGUGGAGAAGUCCAUAGACUAAUGCUUGUUGUAAAAUUACUUUGUUCCCUUAUGGGGGUGUACUUGUUGACAUCAAUCGGAUUAAAAUUAAGAUGUUCUAAAUUAAUUGUGAAUUCUGGUUCCUGGUCUUCAUUCAUAGUAUUAAUAACGUUCGAUAACUUAAGUCUAUACUUCAAUUCAGACAAAUGAUUAAGUUUCUUCAUUUGGAAAGAUACACAAAUAGCUAUUCAAUUCUGGAAUCCAUUUGACAAUACUAUUAUCUAUUUUCAUUUUACUAUAUUUACAAUUUGAUGUAGUUCCUAAUUCAAUAAUUCCUUUUUCACAUUUUAAUUUGUCAUGAUACAGAUUUUCUAUAGAACAAAUAAAAUUUGAACUUGUUUUCCUAGUACAUUCACUA